UGAAAGACAAUGAAAGCUAAACUUUUACUAAAGAUGGAUAACUGUGAAGCAUGGAUGUUGAUUUGAAACAUUAUUUUCUCUAGGACGAUCCUUGCCGACAUGGUAACUCGCCUCAGUGAAGAGUUGAGAAAAGGAAAAACGGAGAAAAACACUUAUGACUUGUCCAAACUACCAACUUGUGGUUCCGUUAAGACACCGAAAAGAGAGGAGGCUGAGACGAUCCUUGCCGACAUGGUAACUCGCCUCAGCGAAGAGUUGAGAAAAGGAAAAACGGAGAAAAACACUUAUGACUUGUCCAAACUACCAACUUGUGGUUCCGUUAAGACACCGAAAAGAGAGGAGGCUGAGACGAUCCUUGCCGACAUGGUAACUCGCCUCAGUGAAGAGUUGAGAAAAGGAAAAACGGAGAAAAACACUUAUGACUUGUCCAAACUACCAACUUGUGGUUCUGUUAAGACACCGAAAAGAGAGGAGGCUGAGACGAUCCUUGCCGACAUGGUAACUCGCCUCAGUGAAGAGUUGAGAAAAGGAAAAACGGAGAAAAACACUUAUGACUUGUCCAAACUACCAACUUGUGGUUCCGUUAAGACACCGAAAAGAGAGGAGGCUGAGUAUGUCACUUUUUGCCGUUUUGUCUUUGCUGAAAUGGUAAAUCGCCUCUGUGAAAAGUUGAUAAAAGAAAAAAUGGAGGCAAACACUUGUGACUUGAAAGAACUACCACCUUUUACUUAUUCUAAGGAACUGAUAGAGAACCCGGACCUCUACCAGGACAUGACUUUUUCGUGGUGA